AUGGCUACCAGCAACGUUGUUUGUGCUUUAGUUCUUUCCUCUCUGUUCCAUUUUCUUCUUGUUCCUGUAUCAAGUACUCGUGGAGUCAAUGUUCUUAAAAAAUGUGGGUUUAAAGCAAUUUAUCAGCUUGGGGAUUCUAUAGCUGACACUGGCAAUUUGAUUCGCGAAAAUCCUCUUUCUCCAUAUGCUUCAUUUCCUUAUGGUUUGAAACUCUCGAAGCCAACAGGUAGAUGCUCCAAUGGGUUGUUGAUGAUUGAUUACAUUGCACGCUCGGCUAAACUUCCCUCUCCUGGUGCCUACUUGAAUUCGGCAAGAAAAUUUUCCGGUGGCCGCGGUGGAGUGAAUUUUGCAGUUGCUGGUUCAACUGCCUUGCCUGCAGAAGUUUUAUCGUCAAAGAAUAUAAUGAACAUUGUGACAAAUGAAUCUCUUAGCACACAACUUGAGUGGAUGUUCUCCUAUUUUAACACAACAUGUUCCAAAGAUUGUGCUAAAGAAAUCAAAUCAUCUCUCUUCAUGGUUGGGGAGAUUGGAGGCAAUGACUAUAACUAUGCUUUCUUGUUUAACAAAACCACUGAAGAACUAAAUGCGUUGGUUCCUGAAGUUGUCAGAGCUAUAAAGGAUGCUGUUGCGAAAGCCAUUGGUCGCGGUGCUAGACGAGUGGUUGUCCCUGGAAACUUCCCGAUAGGUUGCUUCCCGGUUUAUCUUAGCCAAUUCCAGCCCAAUGAUGCUGCUGCUUAUGAUGAGUUCCACUGCCUCAAGGGGUUAAACUCUUUCGCAAGUUAUCACAAUGAGCUUCUCAAGCAAACCGUUGAGGGAUUGAAAAGAAAUUACCCUGAUGUGAUCAUAGUUUACGGCGACUAUUACAAAGCAUUCAUGUCGAUCUAUCAGAACGCUCGGUCUCUUGGUUUCGAUACAAAGUCGAUGCAAAAAGCUUGCUGCGGGACUGGUGGUGAUCAUAAUUUUAGCCUGAUGAGAAUGUGUGGAGAUCCUGACGUUCCGGUUUGUCCAAAGUGUUAG